ACAAGAAGAAUAAGAAUUUGGUUGGGAUGUGAUUGUGAAUGUGGAUGGGAUUGUGGAUUAUACAACCGAGAUAGACGAAUGGCGGCUGGCAGCUGGACGGACUGAGAGACUGAGGCAAUCAGACAAAUAGUUAACUACUAUAAUAAUUAUCAGUGCACGGAGUAUUAUCAGUGCAGCGGUGCAACGAUCAUUAAGAGGCGACUGGCAGGCAAGAGCAACAGGAAGAGGAGAGGGAGGAGGGGGAGAAGAAGAGGAGGAGCAAGUGGAGGAGGAAGCGAGCUCUCCGUAAUCAACACAAUGUCAACAUUUGCGAUUCGCCAAAACCGAAAACACUGCAAAAACAGUAUUAAAACCCCGAUGAACAGUUGAGAGGCGUUCAGGUUCAGGUUGAGGUCGAGAUCGUGCCCGUGUAACAAGCGCAGUUCCCAAAAAAAAAUAAAUAAAAUCGGAAAAUAAAAACAAUAAUUCGUAAUUAGCAGUUAAGAAAUUAAUUCAAAAUGUUAACCACGGAUAAGUGCACAUCAGUUGCCCCAACGCCGAUCAUCGUCAGCAGUUGCAAAUCUCAAUGCCAGACAGCGGAGCAGCAUCUACAGCAUCCCCAUUCCCAUUCCCAUACCCAUCAUCAUCCCCUUACUCAUCCCCAUUCCCAUUCGAAUCUGCAGCACACUCACACACAUUCACAGAAAUACUCAGCGGAUGCACCGCGUCGAAAUCUCCAUGAGCUGCUGCUGGAACUGCUGGACCUGCUGCUCUCCUGCCUUGUCGUUGCACCCUGUGUGAUCGCCUAUUGGCGCGGCACUUGGGAGCUCAUGGGCGUCCUGCUCUUCCCCAGCAGUUUGCCGCUGUCGGCGCUGUGCUCCUUUGUCAUUGGCGGACUGGGACACUUUAUAUUCAUAAUGACACAGAACUUCUUCAAGGAUCACAUACAUCCCGACAAGCGACGACUCACCUACUAUGUCAUCUCACGCAUUUACACCGCCGUCUUUGGCAUCAUCUGUGUCAAUAUGUGGCGUGGUUCGUGGAUGAUCUGCGAUUGGUUAACGAGCAUCGAUUCCCUGGCCAUCAUCUCAGUGGUGACUCUCGUCGCACUUCUCUUCUUGGUCGGAACUCGCACUCUACGCAAUCUUGGCGCUGCUCCCUACACUGUCACCAUGGAUCACAAGAGCGACUAUUUCGAGGUGGACACUAUGUUCAAAAUAUCGGGCUUCGAUCAACCAGGUCUCUACCUGCUGGACACGUUGUUCUCGGUUUUCGUAAUUGGUACCUUAGUGGUAAUUGCCUGGCGCGGUCUGUGGGGCAUCUUUGAUUUAACCUUAUUUCCACAGGACAAGGCAAAGUCAGCAUGGGGUUCACUGCUCAUUGGUUACCUAACUGUUUUUGUUACCUUUGUCAUACAACCCCUAAUGCGUUAUGUCUGCCGUCGCAUCAACGGCAUCUUGAAGCUAAUCAUUUGCGAUAUUUACUAUCUGAUGAUCUUCUUUGGAGCGGUUAAUGCAUGGCGUGGCAUUUGGAAUCUGCUCGAUGUUUAUGUGUAUCCAGAUGAUCGCAUAUUGAGCUUCUGGAUCACACACAUUAUUCCCUUUCUGCUGCUCGCCGCACUUAAGUGUUCCAACUCCAUCCUAGUGCGUGGAGUAUUCAUCGAUGCCGAGGGAUCAGGAGCCGAAUGUGUCCACUUACCGAUUAACUAUAUUCGUUUACAUUUCUUGCGAGAACGUCGCAAGAAAUUGGAAUCUGAACAAUAUCGACACUCCGGGCAUUCCGGACAUUCGGAACCCCCACAUUAUUAUCUGAAGGGGGAGCAUGCGACGCUGGGGAAGCAUUUGGAGAAGGACAAGGAGGCACAGCACAGUCUUAUCGAGAAACCGCACACCGCAGCACAGAUCAUUUAAGAGGGUGAAUUCCAGAUACUCUUUCCGUUACCAUUAAGCUAUUUUAAACUAUAUAAGUAUAAUAUUGUAUACUAGGUGUUAAACUAAUUUUAAAUGCAUUAACUUAAUUGUAACUCGUGCUUGGUUAAAUCAAGCAUACUUAAAAAGCCUGCAUUGUUAACAUUGGGCCCUCUAUAUUUUUAUCUAGAACUGUACAAAAUAAUUAUAAUAUUAUAUUCGAGUACUCUACCAUACGAUUAUAUA